UGUUUUUCUGCGGUGAUGUCGGUGUCUUCUUUGCCCGAAUGGAAGCAGCUGCUGUUGGAGAGGAAGCGACGGGAGGAGGAGGCCCGGGAGCAGAGGGAGAAACAGGAGGAGCAGAAACUGGCCAGCAUGCCCGCCUGGAAAAGGGGGAUUAUCCAACGCCGAAAAGCAAAACAGGACGGCCCGGGAGAGGCGUUCCCCAGCGAGACUAGGUCACUCUCAGACGGACUGAGCGACACAGACAGUUCAAUCACGGUGAAUUUGGGAAGCGAUAUAUCUACAAAUCCCGAUGUAGGAGCGUGGCUGGACGGAGAUCCCAAAAAUGGAAGUCAAGUCUCCGUAGAAACCAUCGUCCCCGUGAACGAGAAUCCAUUCAUGAAGAUACAGAAAAGAAAAGGGAGAGAGGUGGAGUUGUGUAGUCCGAAAAGUUCCGAUGGAGAGGCCGGUCGAGGUAGUCAUUUUGAGAUAAAAAUUGAGAAGUUUAAAGAUUUGAGUGAAGGCAGGGAGAAGGACCAAAGCAGUAAGCAGAUAGAACCUAGUUGGAGCAGGAGUGUCCCGAAAGAGCGAGAUCGCAAUCAAAAAAGACAGGAUAAGGAAAUUCUAAAAGUAAAAAAAGAGGAUGAAUACAAGGACACAGAUUUGGGGAGUCCAGUGUUUUCACCGACUGUCCCUUGUCUAAGAACAAUAAGGGCGGAUAAUAUCAUAAUCAUCGAACACGAAAGAAAUAGCAAUGAAGAGCGGAGAAGUAGAUGGAAAGAUUUGGAGAGGGGUGAAGAGGACAUACAAACCAAAAGAGGAAUUAAAAUGGAUUUGAAAGAGUUAUUAGCCGGAGGUGGGAGCGUGACUGAAAUCAGAGCGUCGGAAGUUUUGAUCAUUAAGCCGCCAGAAGUGAAAAAUAAAGAGGAGAUUGAGAAAAAUGAUGGAAAAAGGGAGUUAAGAGAGAGCAGAGAACUCAGAGCGGACAUGUCGUGGCUUAAAGAGAAAGCGAAGGAGUCCGUGAAGGAGAAAGAGCGUCCGUGGGGACAAGCGACGGUAAUCAAAGAGGACAAAAAGGAUAACUCAGACGAUUGCGUUUUCGUGGAAAGAGGUGGGAGGGUGAGCCAGCUGCUUUGUAAGUUCGGAGAGCAACGCAAGCCUCCGUGUCGAUCCAAAAGCUCUGAAAAUUUAAAUCCGCCUCCGUAUUUACAAGUUGAGGACGAAGACGAAAGAGAGGACAGGAGAAGCGGACAGCUAAAAGGCGUCCCUAAAAGAUCCUUCAGCUUUUCGGAUCGAGUUUUUAGCGCCAAGGAAAACGGUUUUGAGAACGAGGUGAGGAUACGAGACGGCGCGCACUGGACAGAAGUGGCGAGUUUGGGAAGAGACAACGCGACGAAAAUCAAAAUGGGUUGUGCGCGUUUGUUGGAAAAAGAUAGACUUGGAAGACAUCGACACUGGCAGUCAAAAGAGAAACCAAACAGAAAUAUUGCAGAUGGAGAGGAGUGUUUCACAAUCGCAAGUGUUAAAAACGUAGAAGGAAUUUCGUUUGCCAAAAGAGUCCCGAUUCGGCAGGAAGGCAGAGCAAGGGAGAAGAAUUAUGGCGUUGAGAAAGGAGCGAAAGUUGAGGGCCAAAAUUUUGAAAGUAAAAUCCAAGCUUAUAGGUAUGAAUCUGCGCUUCGAGAGUCUUCGAGUUUGCUUUGCACCGUCCAGGAUCAUUCAAACAGACAGGGACUGGCUUCAAGUGGGUUAGGAACGACUUUACUCGCACAGAAUGAAGAAAAGAUUGUGGAUAGUAAAGUUUUAGGAGUGAAGGCAUCGAAGAUUGCGUUUGAACUGACUAAAAACUCAGAGGUGACCAUUCCGAGCAGCGGAUCGGGGACUGUAGAUGCAAAAACUUUGGGGGCCCAACCUGCACCUUUGGAAAUUCAAAUACCAAGGACUGUGUUUUAUGUAGCUGAAGAUAUGGUUGAAAAGAAAAAGAAAAACAGUGUGCAAGAUUACGAUAUUGGAAGAGAGGUGGAAAGAGAAGACAGUUCAAAAGUAGUUAAGGUAGAUGAGUCUUUGACUGAGAAAACUGAACAACAACAAACUGAAAACACAGAAAACAAAGCCAAAGAUUUAGAUAAUUUUGAAGUUCAGUGUGAAACAGUAGCCUCAACAACAACGGCAGAAGCUGAAAUAGAACAGGAAGUAGAGAGUCAAAGCGUUGAGGUGGAGAAAGAGGUAGCGUCGACAGCCAGCGAGCAUGUUAAUGACGUUGUGCAGGAAGUCAGCGUCAGCCCCCAACUUCCUGAUUCAAAUUCUGAGGUUGAGGAAGGAGAGGAAGUAGACUGCGGUGGAGGAAUUAGCACAGAAAGCAGAGAACCAGAAUCGGACUCGGAGGACGAAUAUGUUCAAAAUGAUCGAAUAACCGAAACGGACAUUUUGGAAGACGAUAGGCAGUUUUCCGAAGAAGAUUUGAAGGAACUGACCGUGAACUUUGAAUCAGAGGAGUCUAUUUCACCUCCGUCGCCCGAGACAAACUUAUUGGAAGAUAUGAGUCGGAUUUACAAUUUAGAGACGGUCGGUUCGAGAUCUGGACUAUGCUUACGGGACAGAGCUGCGGAGAUGCCCUCUGUGCAUCUCAUCAAAAUCAAGCCGCUAAGCUCACCACAACAAGGCGAAGGAAUUAAAAGUAUACAACGCCAAAUUGAAAACUUCAAGCUAAAAGAACAGGAAGUACUCAAGUCUCAAAUUUGUACAUCGCAAAAAGCCAAAAUUCAACAUAGUCCAAAAGGAAAUGUAUUAAAAGAGGAAGUCUCAACUCAAAAACAAGAUGAAAAAUUAAAUCCGCAAGUGUCUCAAAGAAGGGUUAAGUCUCCAGAUGACCAAAGUAUAGAAAUCAACGCUUCGGUUUUGCGUUCUCAGUCGCCUGAAAGUGCGUUGAAAAUUUUAGAUUUGGCUCCUACACCGGUGUCUUCUCCAAGCUCCCUCUCGCCAGCUCAGUCUCCAGCCAGUUCGCCAGCGCCGAGCCCAACGCCGGCUUUAUUUAAAAUCAGAAGUGCCUCUGGAGGUCAGGUGAAAAGAGGCACGACUAUAACCAUCACGCCAAAGAAGACUCAGGUUCAAGGGUCAUCGCCGACGGCAACGCGGACAGCGAGCCCGACUUCGAACGCCGCUGCAACGACGGCUGCGAACGAAGCGGCGAAAAAGAAAUUCCCGACGGUGGAGGAGAUAGAAGUGAUAGGAGGAUAUCUGAAUCUGGACAAGUCGUGUCUGGUGAAGAACAAAGGGACGUCGAAAAAGGUGAAGGUGUGUUUUUCGGAGGAGCGCUUGGAGCAGCUGUGCGAGUACCCGUCAGAGACCUCCAUGUGGGCGGGCUCUCCGUACCCUCUGGACCUGGACUGGACCGGCCCGGACGCGGACCAGGACGAGGAGGUCCAGAUGGAGACUGUGAGCAUCCCCAAAACCACCAGGAGCGUCGGCACGGCAACGGGACGAGGGCUCCGGGUGGGACAGAGCCACCCACUGCUCAAAAAACACAGCGUCUGAUUCACACAAAACGGACGAGAGAGGGAAAUGAAGGUUAAAAUGAUAAAGGAUAAUCAGGAAAUAUUUUAGUUUAGGUUUAUUAGACUUUCCAGCAAAUGGAAAAUAAUCAUCUUAUUUGAACGAUUACAGCAUAAGUUUGUUGUAUUUUUAUUUUGAAUGAUCAUUUUUGCAGCAUUCACAGCAUUCUUGAUAAGUCCUAAUGUUGAAGUUGUGUUUUAACCCUGAGGUAAACCAGGAUUAAACCAGGUCUAGAACUGGACCAAACCAGGCCAAUCAGGACUAAAGUGUGAAUGCAGCUUUGAAUGUGGAAUAUUUUAUAGAUAAGUUCAUGUUUAGGCGGUUUAACAAUUUGCCAUCACAAACUCAAGGCAUCAAAGGUACUGAAACAACUUUCUUUAUGUCACUUUUUACUUGUACUUUGCAGUGACGCCACGCUGGGGGUGUUAUACUUGUUUGUCUGUGGUGAUAUGCUAAGCAGUUGCCAUGGCGACACAAUGCACACAAUAGGAAACAUUGUCAAAAAAAAGAAUGUCUUAAAACUCAAGAAAAAAUAGAUGUUUAGGAGUUUGAUUUUCAACAAAAAGGGGAGAGUGACACAAAUCAGCUCGCCUGUUGUAGUUCUUUAGGCAGUUCUUUAUGGCAAAAUAAAACUCAGAUUAAAGUCUAGCUGAGGUUUAGACAGAGCAGAGCCUACAGUUAGCGUCACACCCCUAAGAAAUGUUGAUGAUAUCCGCUGCGAAGUAUCAACAGAAAACAUAGGUCUAUGUAAUGUAGAAUGUAAAUGUACUGUGGAAACUUUAUGUGCUGCGUCUCCACCACUGAGCCACGUGGUAAAUCACAACUUACUUUUCUUCAAUUCUUUUGUUUUUAUUUUAAUUUUAUUUCUUCAAAUCAAAGGUAAAAUUGUGCAAUGACAAAACGAUCCUUUGGUGAGCACAGACUGUUUUUUCUCAGGGUAACUCACUUGCACGCAAACUGUUGUCAGAGUUCAGAAAAUGGACUUUCUUUUAUAACAAUAACAUAUUUUGAUUUUACUUAAAGCUACCAUCCGUAAUUAAACUGGCAGACCCGCCCCGGCUGCAUUCUCACGUAUCACCGCUACAUGAUGUCGGUGUUACUGCGGUCUGAUAGUGUCUCAGCUUUGGUCUGACAGAGGAAGAGCAGAGAGCACAGGUGAGUUUAGGCCAUGGAUCUAUAAACAGCCCUGGAUAAGACAAGACACGCUCCCUCUGUCCGUGCAAGAACGACGAGGCCAAAUAAGAAUUUUCCCAUAGAACACAACGCAUUUUUGGGGAAUUGAAACUGCCCGUGUCUGUGUAAAAGGGCAUCCACAGCUUUCACAAAGGUUAAUUUUUGUAGGGAUUCUUCUCUAUUUUCACAUUAACUUUUACUUAUUUAUUUUUUUAAACUUCAAGGACUUAAGAUUUAGUUUUGUAAGCUACACUGUAAACCCAAAUAAGUUACCACAACUCAAAAAAAUUAAGCAAUCGAUUACCUCAAUUAUUUCAAGUCAAUGAACUUAAAACUCACAAUCUUCCAGAAUUUAAGCCAGGGGUGUCAAACUCAUUUUGGUCCGGGGGCCGUAUCAAACAGACUUUGAUCCCAAAGGGGCCUGAUCAGAAAACUCAUGUCAUAUAAACCCCAAAAAUAACAAUAAGUUCAAAUAUUUGUGCAGAGAAACACAAAUCUAUUACAGAAAUCUUUUUUAAUUGAUGAACUCUUUCUUUUACAAAAUAUUAUAAUAUUAUGAACAACCUGAAACUUUAAGAAAAAUACAAUUUCAACACAAUGUUUUAACAUUAACUUGUUUGCAAAUAGGAAUAAGUAUAUUUUUCUUGGGAAAUCCUGCACUCGGCUCUACUUUUCUCAUUUUUGACAUUUAUUGAUGAGGGUGUCACGGUCAACAGUCAAAACGAUCGUCUUUUAAGAGCGUUUGGAAAGAGACAAGUCUUCAUUUGUGCUGCUCUGGUGGGAGGGGCCACACAUGGAGAUACUGCUAUGCUAAGCGACGCAGAAAAUUAACAAUAUUUUAAUAGAAAAUAUAAUUCAAAUAUUUUAGUAGAAAAUAGGCCGAGGGCCAGAUUAAAGGUCUUGGAGGGCCGGAUCUGGCCCCCGGGCCUUAUGUUUGACACCCGUGAUUUAAAAGUUUGAAUUUUUGAUAACAGCUAAAUUAAAAGUGCUCAAAUAUUUGCAGUUAAUAUUUUAGUAGUUUUCUGUUAAGGCAACUUAAUUAUUUUCAUGUAUUAUGACAUAAACGACUGGAAUAAGUUCACUUGUUUGGUGAAGCGCUUUGAAAUUGUGUUGUAUUUUAGAAUAUAAAUUAAGUUUAUUUUGAAAUCAUCCGUAUUUAAAACAAUAGAAAUAACUGGACUUGGUCUUAGUUGUACCUCAUCUGUGUUUUUAAGUUACACUCACUUCUACCUUUAAUCAAAAAAUAUUAGUUAAAACGACUCAAAAAGAAGAACAUGUUACAUCAACUUGACAUAAUUAAGUAGCAGGACUAUUUCUAAAACUUUGACUAAACACAACUUAAUCUAUUUAAUUACUUUGAACGUUUGGGUUUACAGUGAUUUACAAACUCUACUCUCCCAGCUGUCGCUCUGACCCGUUUUAAGGAAGUAACGUGAAAGAAAAAAAUGUUUCGGGGGAGCACAGGCCACUGAAAACAACACAAUGCCAUCUUUGGUUCACGUUUCAGAUCUUAUUAUACUUCCAUGGCGUGAGUUUGAGCAAAGAUCAGGUGAGAGGAGGGUGCUUCACGUCUGCCAUCUACUGGUAACAAAAAAACAACAAGAAAUAAACCUGUGAUGGUAGCUUUAAACUCUGCAUUUUGUCAAACGUUCAAAACUGACUAUGAAUCCCAUUUGUACAUUUUCUUUUUAUUGAGUAUUCACACCAAUGCUCUGUAUAACUAUAAGUCAUUGGCACUUACUAUGUUUGCAAUAUUGUCUUAUGUUUUAUACUUAUUUCAAUGUAUAUGAAACCUUUAAAUAAUACUUGAUUUGAGUAAGUAUUAUUUAAAGAUGCACUAUGUAACUUGAAGAGUCCACCACCUGCUUGGAGAUGUUCUGGUUUUCUGGCAUCGAACUGCUACCAGGUGUAAUUACAGGUCAGAUCUGUGGAGAGAAGACCUAUGGACCUAUGGAAGAGAAUCUGUUUUGUUAAGAAUUUGAAUGUUAAAAUCUUGUUGAAUUUCUCACUUUGAAUUUUUUAACUUUGAAAAAACAUGUUUUAUUCUGAAUGGCAGUCGCUGAAAUUUUAAGUGUACAUUUUCAAAGUGUUUAAAAUUCAAUAUACGUAUAAAAAAAAUCACCUUUUAAAUAUUCAGCAUAAUUAUUUUCAAGCCCUCAAAUUUAACAGCCAAAAUUCAGAGUGUAAAAUUCACAGUGAAAAAAAUUGGCAGCAAAGGUCCAAGAGGCCAAGACGUAAACAAUCGAUCCUCAGUGAUCCAAAUUAAUUUUGUAACAUGCAGGAAAUGGUGCAGUGAACCAAUCUGGUCAGAAUUAACAAAUCAUCAAAACCUCAUCUUUAACCCUGCGUUCGAUUAUCCUUCUGAAUCUGUUUUCCAAGGAAGUUGCCUAAGAAGAUGCAUGAUGCCCCUUUUCCUAGGACGGCGCAACUCGGACCUCGGUGACGGAAAAAGUAGACUGAGCAAGGAUUCCGAGAUGGCUGUUCUCACUGUGACGUGUAAAUAUGAACUCUUUUCAUAGUGUUUAGACACUUUGGUGGUUUCUCGUACUACUGCAGUACCUUACCGCGUCCGAAUCGGUAUUUGGUGUCGUGGUGAGGCCAAUAUUGAACAAAUACUUGAUUUAACAGGCGAUAACGUCCCUAUGGUUGUAACGGAAGAGAAAUAAUAACAUAAAAUAAAGUGCAAAUUCCAAAAAUAAAAUUAAAGUGGCAGUGUUUAUAUGAGAUAAGGGAACAGUCACAAUCAUAAUCCACGUAGUCCGACACGCGAAACUUAAUAAUACGCUUCAAGCUCGGACGUGACGACAAAUCCGAGGUCCAAGUGGGAGCCAGAAAAUAAUCGAACACAGGGUUAUUUCUUAAGUGUAAACUCCGCCCACAGAUGAGAACGGCCAAUAGGAAACAGCGUCUGUCCUCCUCACUCACACAGGAUCGAUGCUUCUGCCUUGACAUUUUGGAUCUUUGCUGUGAGUUUUUUUUUUUUUUUUCACUGCAGAUUUUACACUAAAUUUUGACUCUUGAAUUUGAGGGCUUGAAAAUAUUUGUGCUGAAUAUUUAAUUGUUUUUUUUUUUUUUUUUUUUUUAUUUAAAACAUUGAAAAAGUACACUUAAAAUUUCAGCAACUAAAAUUCAGAAUAAAAAUAAUUGAAUGAAUGAUUUAAUUAAUGUUUAUUCAGACAGUAUUAUAUAGAAAAUGCAUAGUAAAUGUAAAUACAUAGAUAUAAUACAAAAAGUAAAUAUUUAUUUUCUAUAAUAAUAAACCAAAAAUAAAUGUCACGCAGAUUUUACUUGUGUCCGAAAAAGGAGUGAGAGGAAUUCAAACAUAUUUUUUCAGAGUUAAAAAAUUUAAAGUGAGAAAUUCGACUGUAUUUAAAAUUAAAAAUCUAAUGGAACAAAUUCUCUUCCUUAGACCUCGCUCACAAUGAGAAUGCAUGUUUUUCCGACAUGUUUUUGUGCAAUAAAAGCACCUGUAAAUGAAUAAAUGCAAGGUGGAUAAGUCAAACUGUUGAACAUUCUCAGCACAGCAACAGCAUCACCUUGGACAGAUGCAGGAGGUGUACAAAAAGUUACAUGAUGCAGCUUUAAUUUGGAUUCAUUUAGCGUGUUUUUGUGUACGUGAAUGUGUAUGUGUACCAGAAAAUGAAUGAUCCGAUUUAGUUUUUACUCAUGGAUUAAAGAAUGUAUUGUCAGGUACAUUUUGUAAAAAGUUUGAUGUAAAAAAAAAAAAAAAAAGGAUCACUCGUCUAUGCAAUGUUAGAUUUACUUUUCUAUCCUGUUCGUCUCCUGGAUGUGGAUGUGUUGCCUUCAUGUGAGGGACUUUAUGGUUGCAUUGCAGCGCCUGCUCUCAGUGCCUCCAGAAUCUGAGCAAACGGAUUAAAAUCAAACCUGUUUAGUUUUUAGUUUUUAGUUGUAGUGUCAUGUGUCUGUGUCCCUCUGGCUGGGACAGGGCCAGUGCAAUGACUGUGUUCAUAAUGUGGUGUAACAAACAGCACUGGACCUGAUUGAGGAAAAGUCCAAACUCUGAACUGAAUAACAAAUAAAAACUAUAUUGUUU